UGUUGUUAUUACACACUGUCGUCGGCAUCCUGUCAACUCAAAGCUAGCUCAAGCUAAAACUGGCACUGGAAAUCCUCGAAAGCUAUGAGAGGGAUGUGUUAUGUUAUUAUAUUAUAUGAAGUUCCAUAGAAAAAUCAUCCCGGUGCAGAGAUGUAAGAAAAAAAGCAGUGUGAGCUGCGGUGACGGGUUUUAGGAUUUUAAAUCGAACCUGCUCUUAGCUAUCGAGCUAAUGUAGCCACGAUCGUUGAACUUGUCGAAGUUUCCAUACAGGAUGGCAGAUUCAUCGCCUCUGUCCGGGGUCAAUGUUGUUUUGGUCAUGGCUUAUGGCAGCUUGGUGUUCGUGCUGCUGUUUAUCUUCGUCAAAAGGCAAAUCAUGCGUUUUGCGAUGAGAUCCCGCCGUGGACCACACGCACCUAUUGGCCACAAUGCGCCGAAGGGUCUGCGGGAAAACAUCGACUCCAAGCUUUCCAAGGUCCAGGAGAUCCGCUUCGAGCCUCGGCUCUUAUCAGAGGGGGAUGACAGACUCAGGCGGGGACCACAGAUGAGUUGCUACAACUAUCUGUACCGAAUGAAAGCCCUGGAUGCCAUUCGUGACUCAGGAAUACCUCUGCAGGAGAUAAGUGGCACUCCCAGCGCGUUCACAGGACGCAGCUUCAGGAGCUGGCUGGUGGAGCUGCGCAAUUCCCACUCCUUGAUCAAGAGCAGCCGGAGCGCGCUCAUCGAUCGCCUACUUGAAGGAUACGACAGCGCCCGGCAUGGAACUGGGGUGUUCGGCGAGGCAGAGUUUCUGGAAUACCAGCAAGCGCUCGAUGAACUGGUUGAUGUUGUGAAGGCCUACUCCAGCACCACCAGCCUGGACCAGCAGCACCAGUCUGCAGCCAAAGACCUGACGGGCUCCCCCGUCCGCAGCACUCCCUCCACCAUCCAGGUCACCUACCUGCCCUCCACGGGCCAGCGCAGCAAGAGGCCCAAACACUUUCUGGAGCUCAAAAGCUUCAAAGACAACUACAACACGCUGGAGAGCACGCUUUGAAACUCGGAGGGGAUGUGUGCGCGACAAUUACCGAAAAUCUGCAAGGCUGUGUUUUAUAGGUGGCGCUUUCAAGUUGAAGACAUUCUGGGAGUUUAUCAGGCUUUCCUGUUAGGACCUAAUUAAUUGUGUUAAGAGGGAAAUCAAGCCCAACCUAAUAUGCAUUUCCUUUUUGAAUAAGUUAUUUAAUGUCUCCAAAAGUCCAACUGUAAAUACAAAUUAGUUUUUUAAUUAUGUGUUUGCACCGAUGUGAAAUAUUUAAGUUCUAACUUAUUGAUGCAGUUUGAUUUGUAUUUAUGUGAGCUGUGGUUAUGUGAUUAAAAAGGUGGAGAACAGGCAAUCACGUUCA